UCCAGUCCUUGGCUGGUGGCGCAGCCGGAACGCCAGUGGCUGCAUGAUGAGUGCAGAGGCCUCGGGGAGCGGGCCCGCUCUGCCGGAGCUCAUGCGCGAGGCCGAGACCAGUUUGCUCGAGUGCAAGGUGUGCUUUGAAAGGUUCGGCCAUCGCCAGCAGCGGCGUCCACGCAACCUGUCCUGCGGCCACGUGGUCUGCCUGGCCUGCGUGGCUGCCUUGGCGCACCCUCGGACGCUUGCCCUCGAGUGCCCCUUCUGCCGCCGAGCCUGCCGGGGCUCCGACACUAGCGACUGCCUGCCGGUGCUGCACCUCCUGGAGCUCCUGGGCUCCGCAUUGCGCCAGGCCCCGGCCACCCACCGCGUCCCCGCCUGCAGCGCUGGGACCCUCACCUGCCACCACGCCUUUGGCGGCUGGGGAACCCUGGUUAACCCCACUGGGCUGGCGCUAUGUCCCAAGACAGGGCGUGUGGUAGUGGUGCAUGACGGCAAAAGGCGGGUCAAGAUAUUUGAUUCCGGGGGAGGAUGUGCUCAUCAGUUUGGAGAGAAAGGGGACGCUGCCCAGGAAAUUAGGUACCCACUCGAUGUCACUGUCACCAACGACUGCCAUGUGGUUGUUACUGACGCCGGCGACCGCUCUAUCAAGGUGUUUGAUUUUUUUGGCCAGAUCAAAGUUGUCAUUGGAGGCCAGUUCUCCUUGCCUUGGGGUGUGGAGACCACCCCUCAGAAUGGGGUCGUGGUAACUGAUGCGGAAGCAGGGUCCCUGCACCUCUUGGAAGUGGACUUUCCAGAAGGGGUCCUCCGGAAAACGGAGAGGUUGCAAUCGCAUCUGCGUAGUCCCAGAGGGGUGGCUGUGUCUGGGCUCACGGGGGCCAUUGCAGUCCUAGAGCGCCCCCUGACUCUGGGGCCCGGGACCUGCAGCACCACAGUGAAGGUGUUCAGUGCAAGCAUGCAGCUCAUCGGCCAGGUGGAUACCUUUGGGUUGAGCCUCUUCUUCCCCUACGAAAUAACUGCCUCUGCGGUGACCUUUGAUCACCAGGGCAAUGUGAUUGUCGCCGAUACUUCCAGUCAUGCGGUCCUGUGCUUAGGCAAACCCGAGGAGUUUCCAGUACUGAAGCCCAUCAUCACCCAUGGUCUUUCUCAUCCUGUGGCACUGACCUUCACCAAGGAGAAUUCUCUUCUUGUGCUGGACAGUGCAACCCAUUCUAUAAAAGUCUUUACGGUUGAUUGGGGAUGAUGGGUGUGGUGAGGGGCCUGGGGCUUGGAAUCAGAAACCAUGGAGCCUACACUAAGGAAUUGUUUAGCCCUGGGUAAAGUAAAUUACUUAAUCUCAUCUAUCAAACAGGGGUCAAUAACUUCCUGGCAGACCUACAAAGGUUGAGGUAAUUAUUAAUAAGUGAAAGAGAACUAAUGAAAUCUACUGUUUAUUGAAUAGGUGCUCCCUGUGCUAAGAAACUUGUAAGUAUUAGCUCCUUUAAUCCUUAACAACUACCCAAUAAGGUAAUUCUAUUAUUGAUCCCAUUUUAGAUAUGAGAAAACAGACCCAGAGAGAUAAAGUGACUUAGCCAAAGUAACACUUAUUGUGACAAUCACCAUGAAAACUCAAUUUUGACUCCUGAAAACCUCUUUCUCUUAAAUAAAUAUGAUAAUAUAUGUGUAUGUGGGGGGGGUGGAAUAUGUGAAUGUAUAUUGUUGCCAUGUGUACACUAUUUCAAAUGGCCAUUUAUUUUAGUUAGAUGCACAAAGAUAGGAGACCUUGUUGAGAGUUCAAGAGAAAAGGGUUCAAGAGA